CGGAGUUAGUUUCAUUUUUUUUCACGAAGAAAGGACCAGUUUUUGUCCAGCCGUUUGUCGCCAUUUUGAGAGUCUACGCACACUGUCGGUAGUUCGUCUUUUUGAUAAAAAUAUCUCAAAUUUUAACUGCGUUUAUAGUUACCAUCGAUUCCGUAUUAUGUCUCGGUUCAACAAUAAUCGCGGCGGCCUUGGAAUGAACCAUUUCCAACAGCGAAGAGGCGGCGGGCCUAUCGGUCCUAUGCGUGGUGGCCUAAUGGGAAACCCACAUUUCCGGAGCCAUCCUUUCCAGCAUCCAAACCAGAAUCGGAGGGGACACAACAACUACAACAACCGGCCAAACCAAGCACCGAAAAACACCCCCCCAAAGCCGCAACAAUCGACGCCCGCCGCUGCUACACCAACUCCAGGCCCCGCACUCACGAUGAAAGGCCCGGCUCAGCAGCAGCUGCAGAAACCAGCGGAACAGGUACAAAACCAGCAGGAGCAACAGAAAACUAGCACUCCGGGAUCUCAGCCCAACGUCCAGUCAGCAGCACCGAAGUCCGAUACACCUUCCUCUCAGCCUAAGCCGUCGGAACAGAACCAGCAGCCCAAACCAGCGGCUGGAAAUGCUAGCGGACCGCAGCAGAAUCAGCCUUCACAACAAGGCCCCAAGCCUGGUCCUCAACAAAGCCCCAAACCCGGUCCUCAACAAAGCCCCAAACCCAGUCCUCAGCAGGUUCCCAAGCCGGCGCCUCAACAGAACCUUAAAUCUGGACCUCAGCAGGGCCAAAGACCCGGUCCUCAGCAGGGUCCAAAGCCCGGAAUUCAGCAAGGCCAGAGACCCGGUCUCCAGCAGACUCCAAAGCCCGGACCCCAACAGGGCCAGAGACCUGUUCAGCAGCAAACUCCCAGGCCCGGUGGACCCCAACAGGGACAAAGACCCGGACCUCCACAGGGUCAAAAAUCUGGACCCCAACAGAGUAGGUUUAGCGCUCCACAGAACCAAAGGUCCGGUCCCCCACAGGGCCAAAAGGGAGGCUUUCAAUCGCCUCAAAAACCAGGACCAGAUCAGUCAAAGGAAGCUCCCAUGACAAGCAAUACGACCGAGUCGGACGGACAAGAAAAGACGUUCAAGGCAACACUUUCCAUGCUUCUGAAGCCUGGGGAGAAGACCUAUUCACAAAGAUGCCGCCUGUUUGUUGGAAAUCUGCCUAAUGACUUAAGUGAAGAGGACUUUAAGAAGAUGUUUGCAAAAUAUGGAGAGCCCUCUGAAGUUUUCAUCAACAAAGCUAAAGGCUUUGGUUUUAUUCGACUGGAGUCACGUGCAUUGGCAGAGAUUGCCAAAGCAGAGCUGGACGACACCCCAAUGAAAAACAGGCCCCUGCGUGUUCGAUUUGCCACCCACUCUGCAGCUCUGUCCGUGAAAAACCUUUCUCCAUUCGUGUCCAACGAGCUCCUGGAGGAAGCCUUCUCCCAGUUUGGAAUGGUUGAGCGGGCCAUCGUCAUUGUGGAUGACCGCGGGCGGUCCACUUGCAAGGGGAUUGUGGAGUUUUCCUCCAGAGCGGCUGCCAGAAAGGCCCUGGACCGUUGUAAUGAGGGCGUUUUCCUUCUGACUUCAUCACCUCGUCCUGUCGUUGUCGAGCCUCUGGAGCAGUAUGAUACAGAAGAUGGGCUCCCAGAGAAACUGGCUCAAAAGAACCCAAAAUAUCAAGCAGCUCGUGAAGAACCGCCACGCUUCGCUCGGCCUGGCAGCUUCGAGUUCGAGUAUGCCAAGCGCUGGAAAUCCCUUGAUGAAAUGGAGAAACAGCAGAGGCAGCAGGUGGAGAAAAACAUGCGUGAGGCCCGUGAAAAGCUGGAGAGUGAGAUGGAGGAUGCCUACCACGAGCACCAGGCUAAUCUCCUGCGCCAAGAAUUGCUGAGGCGUCAGGAAGAACUGAGACGCAUGGAAGAGAUGCACAACCAAGAAAUGCAGAAGAGGAAAGAGAUGCAGCUCAGACAAGAGGAAGAACGUCGCAGACGUGAAGAAGAAAUGCUGCGGAAGAGGGAUAUGGAAGACCAAAUGCGCCGUCGUGAAGAGAACUACAGGAUGGGCAACUUUAUGGAUAGGGACAGGGAGAUGAGAAUGCAUUCCACUGGAGCUCUGGGCAUGGGAGAUAUUUCUUUUGGUGGAUCCAACCAGAACUUCCCAGUGAGCGGCCUUGGCUUUGACGCUCAGCAGGGCAUGGGAACAACUUCAGGAGGAAUGAUGGCCAACGAAAUGCUCAGUGAGCGCUUUGCUCAGAGCACUUCUAGGGGAAUGGGUCCUGGCACUGCUGGGUAUGGCAGAGUUCGUGAGGAGUUUGACGGCCCCGUUAAGAAGCCCCGUUUUUAAACGCUGUCUACUUGCAGGAUCAUUCAUAAAAUUUCUUCAAAUGACCAAGCUGGGUCGCAUUUCUUGUAUUUAAGUUCAAAAUGUUGCAUCGUUUUAGCCAAGCAAUUUACUAAUUUUUAUGAGGCUUUCCUUUUUCUUCAUUUUUAUUGUUAUUGGUGUUGGAUUAGAUGUCACUUAGGUGUGACAAUUUUUUUGACGAUGUACCUUUUUCGUUCCUAGAUGUAUUGUGCUGUGAGUUGCCGUAAAGUGAUAAGUGUAACCUUUCUGAACCGCUCAUGGCUUUGUUUUGUGCCAGAUAUCUGGAGUUAAAGCAUGUGUUACAAUAAAGACACACUGGUUCCAUCAGGA